AGUCUGAAUUCGGAUAAUGUUUCAUUGAGAAUUAUCCGGUUAUCCUUAUAGAUUAUCCGGAUUUUACCCACCUCUAGUUUCCCCCUGUAAACGGCAGUCAUGAAUGACGCAGGAAAGACAACUCUCCUUUUCCUUUGGACGCUUCCGUCGCUGUGGCCUUUGACCUUUGCCCUGGUAUCGACCACUCCGCACUCUGGCGACGACUACUCGACUACUCCAACGUGCGUGAACAAGUAUCGAUUACCCCACACCCCGACCGACGAGAUAAGGAUAGGAGUUCUGCUCCCUUUUCAAGGGCCGCAACCGUGGGUCAUCCAUAGGACCUUCCCCGCGAUCAAAAUGGCGGUGGAGUCCAUUCAGAACCAGACGGACAUGCUGAGGGGAUACACCAUCCAAUUAAAUUCCGCGGAUUCGAAUUGCUCGGAGACGAUUGGCCCGCUGGCCGCCAUUGACAUGUAUCUCAACCAAUCAGCACACGUGUUUCUGGGGCCCGCAUGCGCCUACGCCGUGGCUCCCAUCGCGCGCUUUUCUUUCAGCUGGGGGAUCCCAGUGGUCACUGCUGGGGCGCUGGUCAGCGCGCUCAAGGACAAGUCCGAGUAUCGUCUGCUGACCAGAGUCCAGGGCACCCAUGCCAAAGUGAGCGAAUUCAUCCUGAACCUCUUCCAAUCCUUCGAGUGGGAAAACAUCGCUCUCUUGUACAACGACAAUAAAAACUCUCAGAGCGAGCGCCAGCACUGCUAUUUCUCCGUGGAGCCUGUCUUCCACGGGCUGCGAGAUAAGAAAGCCAAUCCCUGGGCCUACGAGUUCGAUGAGCGGUCCGGGCAACGGCUGCAGUGGGCCCGUAUGUUGAGGGAAGCUUCGAACCACGCGAGGAGUGAGUCAUUAGUAAUUUAGUGUUUAGUAUUUGGUGUGGACAGCGAGUAUUCAUAACACGUCCCCGACUUACGGUUAGCGCAAGCAACGUUUGAAAGCGGCGGGAGUUUGGGUUUGGUAAUGGCGAAGGACAUGGCGUCACUUUGGCGCACGGCUGGGUUGAUACUAUGAGAAAUGUCAGCCCAUAGAUUUAUAAUAUAAUAGUGUCCUAAACCGUGCACUCUGACGUAGCUUCCGUUCUCUAUGGUGCGAAGUUGACCCAUAGAUUUGUAUUAUAAUACUAGACCUUGCAUUCUGACGUUUCUCCCGUUCAAUAUGGCGAGCAAUAUUGGACUAAAUUUGGAGGCAAACGAAAGUUUUUACUGUUACAAUUUUUUUUAAUGCGAUAUGAAGCCGGGUUACGUCAGUGAAAAUGCACAUAAGAAAUGCAGUGUUAGAAAGUUCACUAAUCCGAGUGAAAGUAAUAUCACACGAAAGAAAUAGAUCUAGUAUUAUAAAUCUGAGUACUCAUGUCAGUUUAGAAUAAGACUAAAAUCCUAUCCCAUGAUGCAGCUCACGUAUUACAGGAGACACUUGUUUUUAAUGUCUGUUUGCCUGUGGAAAUCUAACAAUUAUUGCUAUCCGUACGUCGUGUUUUACUAUCGUAUCCAUACGACGUGGGGAACUCUGUGCCACCCCUUAACCC